AGCUGGACAGGCAGGCGGCAUGAACGACAACACGAGGGAGACUGUUGACGCACUCCUCUCCUCUCCUCGCCACAAGGCAACUCAAGGCACCAAGUCAUAGAUAUGGCAGCGACGAGCAGCAAGUGCCCAGCGUUAUCCGCGCCCUUCCCGCGCGCGCGCCGCCGCAGCAGCACCAGCCUGCGGUGCCGCUGCUGCGAGGACACGCUCGGCGUCCCGCUCCGCCGCGCGCAGACGCAAGCGCAGGCACAGUUCCAGUACUUCCCAGAGCUCGCCUGGCCGUACCAGCCUCAGCCUCCUCCGCCCCGGCCCCGCCGGAUCGUGCUGGUGCGGCACGGGGAGAGCGAGGGGAACGUGGACGAGGCCGCCUACACGCGCGUCCCCGACCCGCGGAUCGGCCUCACCGCCAAGGGCUGGCGCGACGCCGAGGACUGCGGUCGCCGCUUGCGGCAGCUGGUCUCGUCCGACGAGGGGGCCGAGGACUGGAAGGUGUACUUCUACGUGUCGCCGUACCGUCGCACGCUGGAGACGCUGCGCGGGAUCGGGCGGGCCUUCGAGCCCCACCGCAUCGCCGGCGUCCGCGAGGAGCCGCGCAUCCGCGAGCAAGACUUCGGCAACUUCCAGGACCGUGAGAAGAUGCGCGUGGAGAAGGAGAUCCGGCGCCGGUACGGGCGCUUCUUCUACCGGUUCCCCAACGGCGAGUCGGCGGCGGACGUGUACGACCGCAUCACGGGGUUCCGGGAGACGCUGCGCGCCGACAUCGACAUCGGUCGCUUCCAGCCGCCCGGGCAGCGGAGCCCCAACAUGAACAUCGUCCUCGUCUCCCACGGCCUCACGCUCCGCGUCUUCCUCAUGAGAUGGUACAAGUGGACCGUGCGCCAGUUCGAGGGCCUCAGCAACCUCGACAACGGCGGCGCGCUCGUCAUGCAGACCGGCGACGGCGGGAGGUACAGCCUCCUCGUGCACCACACCGCCGACGAGCUCCUGGCGUUCGGGCUCACCGACGAGAUGCUCCAAGAUCAGAUGUGGCAGAAGACGGCAAAGCCCGGAGAGCUCAACUACAGCUUCAUGACAAACGGCCAGUCCUUCUUCGACUCGCAUGUACAUUUCAGAUAAUUGAGCAAACAGGAUAUAUGGAAAAAAUAAUAUUUGUGCUCUGUACGAAUUAUAUAAGCAUGAAGCAAUAUAAUAAUGCUGCUGUUUAUAUGGCCA